AUGCUUGGAUUCCACCGAAGAGCCCGCUCGCUCAUCUCCGUGCAGCAGCUGGGCAAGCACGAAAAGGUCAACAUGGCCGUAUACGAGGUGCACGAUGAUGAAGCCGAUCAUCAAGCCGCUAGAAAGUCAUCGUGGACCGCUCGAAAGCAACUGAUUGUCAUUUACAUUUUGUUCUUGGCCGAAGCAAUCAUGGCGUCCUCUCUUCAACCCCAGCUCAAGAUGCUCGUUGGCAAGGACGACUUUUGCAGCACCCUCUCGGCUUCUUAUAUCCGCAGUAUUCUCGACUGCGCCUACGCCUUUGGCGGUAUCGGAGGACUAUUCUGGGGCUGGCUCUCUGAUCGCAUUGGUCGACGUCCCAUUGCCUUGAUUGGUAUCUUGGGCAUGUCCGGCUGCUGCAUGUCAAUGGGCUUUGCUACCAACCUCCCCGUGUGCGCAUUGCUGCGCUUCUUUGGCGGUUUGCUCAGUUCCUCCAACGCCGUGACUACGCUCGCCAUGAUUGGCGAUGUCAGCAACACUCGUUCUGAGCGUGUCAAGAACGUUGCCCGUCUCCCAUUCAUUGCUGCUUGCGGAUCCGUGGGACCUCUUGUGCAAGGUCUCGUCCGCAGCAGCGUCAAGUCUGUUGGUGAGAUUUGGCAAAAGUUUCCACUCCUCAGCAGCGAGAUUGCCUGCGGCGGCUUGGUCCUUCUCAUUGGCAUCGGUGCCGUGUGCUUGCUGGACGAGACUCUCCCUAGCAUUGCCAGCCCCGGCGAGCCGCUGACACUGAGCACCGACUCCAUUGACUGCGAAAAGGCCGCCUUUCUCAACCAGGACACUAUCCCCGAUGACGCCUCGCAAUGCCAAAUCCAAGUCAUUGACGCGGACCGCCCAGACCCCAUUUCCCUUUGCCAGAUCAUCAAAGCGCCCUCUCUCCUGGUGCUCCUGUCUUCCUUUUCCUUGCUCUCGCUACACUCCUCCACCUUUGACACGCUUCUCCCGCACCUAGGCCACAGCAGCAUCCACUCAGGCGGAAUGGGCAUUCCGUGCUCCGCGCUCGGUCUGAUUGUGCUGUGCCUCAAGCUCGUCGCUGGAUCUAUCGUUCUCGCCAUCAUUCCCAAGAUUGUCGAGCGCGUGUCCUUGCUCAGGCCGUACCGCGCGUUCAGCGUGACCUUCCCCAUCAUCUACCUCGCCACUCCGCUGGUCGCACAGAUUAGCUACACCUGCUUUGGCGACUGGCUCGCCGUGGUGUCUACUCUGUCGAUCCUGCUCAAGAACAUUUUUGCCGGGUCCGCACAGGUCCUGGUCGCGCUGCUGAUGCUGAGCAUCGUCCCGGACGCGUACAGCACCGGCACCAUUCUCGGACUGAUGCAGUCGGCCAGCCUGUUCAAGGCCUUUGCCGUUGCCGUGUCCGGAAUGAGCUUCUACUACUCUGGAGAAGUCGGCAUUGCCACGACAAACUAUGUGCUCUGGGCGUGCCUGGUCGCGAUCGGCAUUGCCGGCGCGGCUCUCGCUUGGUUUGUCCGCGAGAGACCCAGCCUCGCCAAGGACUACAGACCAGAGGUGCUCAAGUGGGAGACUUGCUUUGACGCAGAGGGCGACGGACUCGUCUGA